CAAAAACCCACUCAUCUCGACACCAUGCCGCUUCCCGAGCGCGAUGCCCUCGCGAAGCGCGAGAUGGGCGUCACCGAUCAGUCGCCCAUGCGCCUCCGCAUGGAGAAGUUCAUUAAGGAGCAGCAGCAGGUCAUUAUUGCGGGUCUCGCCGCCGUCGAUGGCGAGUAUUCCACCUUCAGACAGGACGAGUGGACGCGGAACGAGGGUGGCGGCGGUAUCACAUGCAUCCUGCAGGACGGCAACGUAUUUGAGAAGGCCGGUGUCGGCGUGUCGGUCGUCUACGGCACCCUCCCCAAGCCCGCGAUCGAAAAGAUGCGCGUGAACCACAAGAAUGUUGGCGGCGCUGGCGGUGAGAUCCCCGAGAAGGUGGAAUUCUUCGCUGCUGGCUUGAGUCUGGUCGUGCACCCGCGGAACCCCAUGGCGCCGACAGUGCAUUUGAACUACAGAUAUUUUGAAACGGCCAACCCGGACGGGAGUGAUGGCGCCUGGUGGUUUGGCGGCGGCGCGGAUCUCACGCCGAGCUACCUGUUCGACGAAGACGCGAUCCACUUCCACCGCACGCUCAAGGACGUCUGCGACAAGCACAACAAGGACUACUACCCCAAAUUUAAGAAGUGGUGCGACGAGUACUUUUACAACAAGCACCGUGGAGAGUGCCGCGGUGUAGGCGGCAUCUUCUUCGACGAUCUCGACGACACUGUCGCCGACAAGGAGAACCUGUUCGCCUUCAUCCAGGACGGGCUGCAGAGCUUCCUGCCUGGCUACAUACCCAUCAUCUCGCGCAGAAAGGACAUGCCGUUCAACGAGAAGGAGAAGGAGUGGCAGCAAAUCAGGCGGGGGAAAUAUGUCGAGUUCAAUCUGGUGCACGACCGCGGCACGGCAUUCGGGUUAAACGCGCCAGGUGCACGGGUCGAGAGUAUACUCAUGAGCCUUCCGUUGACCGCCAGCUGGAAGUAUAUGUAUGAGCCCGAGCCUAAGAGUCGAGAGGCGAGGCUGACGGAGAUAUUGCGAGAGCCCAAGGAGUGGGUGUGAUGAAGACGAGAAAGAAACAAAAAGACAGAAAAGAGAAAGAAAGAAGAAGAAAGAAAGAAAGAAAGAUAAGGCAUCGUUACAGUGUAAAUAUAUAUUGUAAAACGGGGGUUUGGGGGUUCAGGUCCUAUUGGCGCAAGCCAAAAGCAAACAAUAAAAUAGAUCAAAUUCUCCCAUGACGAAGCACGAAUUGAGUCAAUUCAAAUUUCUGUGCUCGU